CGCGAUGCAUGGCCACAGGAAUUCUGACAAUUGGACAACAAGGGAUCACUAGCCGGGUUGAACGCUUUGUGAGGUCUGUGAUGUUUUGUCGAGUGUCCAUAGGGAGCCCAGAUCGUCAGCGACGGUUCACCAAGCAGCGUUCCUCCACAUUCUCCCUGGCGAGGACCCCCUUAGCUACAACCUCACUCCUCCACGUCAGGCUACCUAUAAGCUAUAUAUAUUCUAGCACUCGACAUGUCACUCCGGAUCGCUCGACCUACCCUUGCCAGACAAACACUUCUCAACCUCACAUCUCGCACACCCAGAUCUUCUCUCCCUUGCAUCACCUCAUCUGCUCUUCGUACGCAGAAGUAUCAAGCACAAGCAAGACCUUUGCAUCAACAGCAACAACGAACGUUUAUAACGACCUCGAUUAGGGCCCACGAAAUGUCUCAAGGAUCUCACCCUCACCUCAAGAUUGCCGAGUUGUUCGACGUCAGCGGACUCACCGUCGCCGUCACCGGCGCCGGGACCGGGAUCGGCCUGAUGAUCACCCUCGCCAUGAUCGAAAACGGCGCCAAGGUCUUUGCGAUCGGUCGACACCGUGAAAACUUGGACGAGAUCGUCAAGCGUUACGGAGGCGAUGGAAAGGAGCGUGGGCUGAUCGUACCCGUCGUCGGAGAUGUUACGGACAAGGAGUCUUUGGGCAAGGUUGUCAAGGAGAUCGAAGGGCAGGCCGAGGGUGGGAUUCAGAUUUUGUUCAAUAACGCCGGCGUUGCUGGAGAAGGAUCGAGGGAAGGUUGGGAGGACGUCGAUUCCAAGGACCCGAAUGCCAUCUCGAAGAAGAUGCUUGAGAGCUCUUACCAAGAGUGGGAGGAUAUCCUCAGGACCAACACUACGGCCGCUUACUUCACCGCAGCCGCCUUCUUGCCCCUCUUGUCCAAGGGCAAGAACAGCGUUAAGGGUUAUGCCAGCCAGAUCGUCAACACCACCUCGAUCUCGGGUGUCAUGAAGCGAGCUUCCGGCGGACAGUUUGCCUAUGCCGCGAGCAAGGCUGCCACUUUCCAGAUGACCAAGGUGCUCGCUACCGAGCUCAUGGAGACUGGGAUCAGGUGCAACCAAAUCGCCCCCGGUGUCUUCCCUUCGGGCAUGACCGCUGGAUCGGUCGAGAAGGACCAAAAGUCCGACUUGUCGGGUACCGGCAAGGGGGAGAGCAACCCCGCCGGAAGGCCUGGAAGCGAGAAGGAUAUGGCUGGUUGCGCCUUGUUCUUGGCUAGCAGGGCGGCGAUUUACAUGAACGGGCAGGCGAUCAUCCCUGAUGGAGGAGCGACAUUGUCCGGAAACUCUAGCUUGUGAGCGGGUGAGGUUGAACGGGAUGUUGUGCGGCAAAGCAAAUGUAUCUAAGAAACCGAAAGUCAAAGUCGAUGUAUCAAACAUGAAACGAUAUGAAACGACAUUGAAGGAG